CUCUCAUCCACCAAAAAACUACCCAACUCAGGUAGUGAUUCAUUAUUUGAUCAUCCAUGAUGAUGACAUGUCUCCACCGCCAUGUUGCUGGUGGUAUCCUUGUGGCUGCCGUACUGGCCGCCACGGCACAUGCCAACGAAGUGUAUGACGUGGUCAUCAUUGGCAGCGGCCCUGGCGGUCUCGUGGCUGCCGAAUACUUGACGCGAGACCCAUCUGUGUCGGUGCUGGUGCUGGAAGCCGGCGUGAGCUCACUCAAAGCCACCGGAGGCGACAACAUCCCCGACUACAUUCGAUCAGAAGGGUGGACAGUGUUUGACAUUCCUGGCGAGUACUCGAGCGUGGCCUUCCCGAGCGACAACAACGGCCGCUACCGCAUCGACUGGGUCACGUCUCCAGGCCCGCUGUACCUUGGUAAAGUCGUGGGGGGUUCGUCAUCCAUGAAUGGCAUGUUGUACUUUCACACGGCCGACUCGUAUGUGGACGAAUCGAAAUGGCCGUACGACGCCGCGACCGUCAAUGCCAACUACGACGCGAUCGAAACGAGCUUUAGCUCGACUAACCUGCCGUCCACCGACGGCAAGUGGUACCUCCAAGAAGCAUACAACCUCCUUCGCGACGGGCUACGGUCCCAAGGCGGGUACCGCGAAGUGGACAUCAACGCGCAGCGCAACGCCAAGUCGAAAUCGUUUGGCCACCCUCCGUUUACGAUCAAAAACGGUCUGCGGGACUCCCCUGCCAAGACGUUCUACGGGGCAGCGUCCACCCGCGCCAACUUUAAGCUUGUGAGCUCAGCGUUGGCAUUGCGCAUUGCCCAGUCACAGGGCAAGGCGACGGGGGUCGUGUACUCGUUCAACGGCCAGUUGGUCACAGCUACAUUGAGCGGUCGUGGCAGUGUCAUCGUUGCUGCCGGCGCCGUGAGCACCCCCAAGGUCCUCAUUCAAAGCGGAAUUGGGCCACAGUCCCAGCUCAACUUGCUCGCGUCGAACGCCAACUUUCCAGGGAUCACAACCAACUCGACCAACUGGGUAGUCAACAACAACGUUGGCAACCAUCUCUUUGACACGAUCCAAGUGCUAACCACAUUCAAGCAUCCCACCAUGAAAGUGUUCAACCACGGGAGCCGCCCCCAGGCCGCGAUCGACCAGUAUGUCACCCAGAACCACACGGGGCCGUGGGCUAGCCCGGACCCAGUGCUCGUCGGGUACGAAUACUCCUCGGGUGGCAACCAGUUUCAAAUCACGGGAUUCUGCCACGGCUUUAACUUUGGCAGCAACGACUUGACUGAAUUCGGCGUGGCAGUGUACUUGAACAACCCGCGGUCCCGCACCAAGUGCGAGUUCAAGGAGGAUGGCACGUACCACUUCAACCUCGACAGCAACUUGUACACGAACGCCGACGACGUCGCAGCCAUGGAUCAAUUCUCGUCCAAACUGCAAAUGUACAUGGAGCAGGCGGGGUCGACGUUUGUCCAACGCAGGGGCAAAGAUGGGGCGAAUCACUACGGCGGGACCUGCAUUCCGUCCAACGACGUCUCCGACGCCACGCGCUGCGCUGACGGAACGUUCAAAGUGCUGGGCACGUCCAACAUCUUUGUCGGGGAUGCCAGUUUAAUGCGGGAAGGAACUGUCAACCCAUAUGGGUUUACAAUGCAAAUCGGGCGGCAAGCCGGGCUCAACGUCCACAAGUUUCUCUCGUCAUCUGUCCCGCCACCAACUUGCUCGGCUAUUGAAGAAAACACAGACUACUUUGGCAACAACGUUGGGUCCUCGAAGCGGUCCACCGCGGCGGAAUGCUGCCGCGACUGCGCAGCCCAUCCAAGUUGCAAGCUGUACGUGUGGUUUGAAGGUACGUGUUGGCUCAAGAGUGUAGCUGGGCCCAAGUCCUCCCAGCCCGGUCGCCGGGCUGCUGUCCUGCAGACAACCUCCACUCCUCCUCCUCCUACUUGCUCGGCUAUCGAAGACAGCACCGACUACACCGGCACAGACAUUGGUGCCGUGCCACGCAAUUCGGCAGACCUCUGCUGCGCCGACUGCCUAGCCAAAGCUGGGUGCACCGUGUUUGUAUGGUACCAGGGCUGGUGCUACUUAAAGGCGACUACGGGAACCAAAGUACCCAAUGCUACUGGUCGUCGUGCGGGGCUCAUCGUCACGACCAAACCCCCCACGACCUGCUCGUCGAUUGAAAACGAUGUGGACUACUAUGGCAACGACAUUGGGCGCACCCAACGCUCGACCGCCGAAAGCUGCUGCGACGACUGCAAGAACUUUCCCGGCUGCAAGUUGUUUACGUUUGCGUGGGGGACUUGCUGGCUCAAGAACGUCAAGGGCGCGGCGGUGGCAGCCCCGGGGGCUCGAGCUGGCUUUGUUGACUCGAACGCUGCGUAAUUGAGGAAAUGCUGGUCCCAUUAGAAAUAAUAUUAUUCGACCUUGCCAACCAUCUAGACCACGACGUCCGACACUACAGAAUCCAUUUAUUCGUCAGUCUAGGCUAACCACCACGUACCCAAGACAGUACGUGCUACUUGAAGGGUGAGUGCGGAUCGACGAAGAGCAGCGCGAGGGUCACGCCGGCGCGAGUCCACAAGUGCUCGGCGUUGGAAAAUGGAGUUGAUUACUAGUACUUUGCGAAUGACCUGGUGGUGGUGGCGGCCCCCGGCCGUAAGCAACUGUGCGCUGUGUCGGCACUCCUGUGGCUGGCUGCAAAGCGUUCACGUAGGCCUACGCCGUGCUAACGUUAGCUCAAGAGCGGCAGAACAUCCACCACACACAACCCGAACGCCAUCUUAGCCUCCAUCGUGGCGACCAGCCCCUAAUAUUCCGCGACCAGCCCCUAUUGAAUGGAUUUGGAAGUUCAGUUUGGUAACAGUAAAUUGACACGUAG